CCGUUCCGUAGGAAAAAUAAACUCUACAUUUUUCCGGUUGGGUCUUUUGCACUGUUUCUGCUAGUGACAAAGGAUCACCAUGGUGAAGGCAAAAGGUGAGAAGAAGGGUAAAUCCGCCAUCAAUGAGGUUGUCACAAGAGAGUACACAAUCAACCUCCACAAAAGGCUACAUGGAGUAGGUUUCAAGAAACGAGCACCCAGAGCCAUCAAGGAAGUGAGGAAGUUCGCUGUUCAGAAGAUGGGCACACCUGAUGUUCGUGUUGACACUCACUUGAAUAAGCAAAUUUGGUCCAAAGGAAUCAAGUUGCCUUAUAAUGUCUUAAUCUCCAUCAGCACUCGUAGGAACAGUUCAUCGUCAAAGACAACUAUAGUGACGAUUAAAAAGGGUGUUCUGAAGAAACGUUCCCUUCCGCAUCCGAGUUAGGCUAGCAAGGAGACGCAAUGAUGACGAAGACUCGCCUCACAAGCUGUACACUCUCGUCACUUACGUCCCCGUCGCAUCCUUCAAGAAACUCCAGACAGAGAAUGUUGACGCAAGUCAGGAAUAAUGUGUUUCUAUAAAUAAAAUGUUUUAAAAACCA